AUGUCUGCUCUGACAAACUCCACCAUCAUCAAGUCCAGAGAGACUUUAGCAUUAAAGCUGUGCUGCCCUAUCUGCUUGCAGCUCUACUCAAGGCCUGUGUCUCUGCCCUGUGGUCACAUCUACUGUCAUGUCUGCAUUCAAACUCUGGGAGAAGGGCUUGACCGUCACUGCUGCCCCGAGUGUCAGGCAGAUUAUCAAGAGGACCAAGUCUUAGUAAUCAGUUACAAAAUGUCUGGUAUUGUCGAGUCUCGAGAAACUGCUGCAGGUCAAGUCAAGCCGGCUGUGGUAGAAUGCAAAACAAAAUGCAGUUUGGAUGUAGCUACACAGCACCCACAAAAUGAGGGAAAUGACAUCAAAUCCAAAGAGGUUCACACAAACAACUUUCAACUGGCAUCUCAAGUCAAGGACCUUGCCGUCCAGUUGGAGUUGGCGGAGAAUGUGCUAAAAAAGGAGAAGGAACAUGAAGCAGAUUUGACCGUCGCUAAUAAACUGUUGAGAGAAAAGGCAUCGGAACACCUGCGCCAGCUCAACGCUGUCGUGCUGAAAUAUGGCAAUGACGUCAUGCAGCUCCUGGAUGAAGAGCUUUCUCCAGAGGAGGCCAGUGUGAGCCUCAGGGUCGGUCAGGCUACCCAACUCACAGAGCAGCUAAAACAAGUUCUGCUCAGGACGGAGUCGCUCCUGGCAGAGGGAGGUGAUGCCAAGUUCACAGAAGACUUUCAAGACCUGCAACCGCACAUUGCGGAGAUGACAGGAAAAGCCAUUGGGGAAUCAGAGGGCCUUGUGGAGCCAAAGGGCGACCCAGUUCGAGUCAUUCCUAAAUUAGAACGCAAGAACCUUGAACUUAAGGAAAGUCUCGGCGCUAUACAGCGCUCACUUCGUAAAACCCUCAACCCGUCUGAGGUGACGUUUGAUAUCAGCACAGCUCAUCCUAACCUCAUCCUCUCUGAGGACUUGAAAACUGUGACGUUCAGCACCACCAAGCAGCCGUACCCGCCGUCUCCUCACAGAUUCACUAGCUUCUUCCAGGUUCUCAGCUCACAGAGCUUCUCUAAAGGCGACCAUCUCUGGGAGGUGGAGCUCCACGGUGCUCCAUGGAUCAUUGGUUUAUGCUGCAGCGGUAAAAUGGAGCGAAGUGGGAUUUCAUCGGCGCUGGAAAGCAACAGCAAUGCUUUCUGUCUGAUGUGGUUCAACAACAUGCUAACAGCCUUCGAGCGAGGUCGAGAUGUGCCACUCAAGAGGACCACGGUGUCUUGCAGACUAGAGAUCGGGUUGAGCUUCAGCACCGGCUCGCUGAGCUUUUACAAAAUCAGCCCCACCAGUGGAAAGACACUCGUGUACACAUUUAAAGCCGACUGGCCUGAACCUGUGCACUUAGCCUAUCGAAUGAUGUCAGGGCAUCCGGAAGCACGUGUCACAAUUAUUUCAAAAUGA